GAGGGGGGCGUGUGGGCGUCGGCGGCGUCGGCGCCAUGGCCGUCCGUGUUGAGCCGCCGUGUCCGCGUCCGGGCCUGUCCGCGGGCCUGGCCUUGUGCGUCCUGGCGGGGCUCGUCCUGGCGGGGCGCCCCCUGGCGGGCUGCGCGGCCCCGCCCGGGCCCCAGGGCGGCGACGGCCGGAGCGGCAGCAGCGCCCCCCGGCGGCAGUGGCCGGUGCCCUACAAGCGCUUCGAUUUCCGUCCUGAACCAGAUCCUUACUGUCAAGCUCUUUAUACUUUCUGUCCAACUGGCUCUCCCAUGCCAAUAAUGAGAGAUGAUGAUGUCAUUGAAGUCUUCCGAUUGCAGGCUCCCGUGUGGGAAUUCAAAUAUGGGGCUCUCCUUGGACAUUUGAAAAUUAUGCACGAUGCUCUUGGGUUCAGAAGUACUCUCACUGGCCAGAACUACACCAUGGAGUGGUAUGAGCUUUUCCAGCUUGGAAAUUGUACAUUUCCCCAUCUCCGACCUGAAAUGGAGGCCCCUUUCUGGUGUAAUCAGGGGGCUGCCUGUUUCUUUGAAGGAAUUGAUGAUGACCACUGGAAGGAAAACGGAACCUUGACUUUAAUUGCAACCCUAUCGGGAAGCAUGUUUAACCAAAUGGUCAAGUGGGUAAAGCGUGACAACGAAACCGGAAUUUAUUACGAGACGUGGACUGUCCAAGCCGGCCCAGGACAGAAGUCGGAGGUGUGGUUCGAAUCGUACGACUGCUCCAAGUUCGUCUUGAGAACGUAUCAGAAGCUGGCUGAGCUGGGGGCGGAGUUCAAGAGAGUGGAAACCAAUUACACCAAAAUCUUCUUAUACAGCGGAGAACCCAUUUACCUGGGAAAUGAAACCUCUAUUUUUGGACCAAGAGGAAAUACCACAGUUGCUGCCGCCAUAAGGAAAUUUUAUUAUCCAUUCAAACCUCAUGUGUCGACUAAAGAAUUUCUUUUAAAUCUCUUGAAAAUUUUUGAUGCGGUGGUUGUGAGGAGACAAUUUUACUUAUUUUAUAAUUUCGAAUACUGGUUUUUACCCAUGAAAUUUCCAUUUAUCAAGAUAACGUAUGAAGAAAUUCCUUUACCUAGACAGAACAAAAAACGGCUGGAUUUUUAAUAUGGGCUCUGAUCCAGCGUGGCUUAGUGGAAAGAGCACGGGCUUGGGAGUCAGAGGUCAUGGGUUCUAAUCCCGGCUCCGCCACU